AUAACAUUUGUCUCUUUGUGAAAAGAUAAUGGAAGACUGUUUAUUGAAGAAAAUAGAAAUAAGUGUUGCAGAAGCAGAGAAAAGGUCUGGAAGGAAUGCCAUGAACAUGCAGGAAACCUACACUGCCUUGGUCGUGGAAACAAGGGCUGUGGAGUCUCAGGCUGAUGGGCAGUGUUCAGCCCCAGAGUCUCUUUGGAGGCGGUACAGUGAAUUUGAGUUGCUGAGGAAUUAUUUGCUAGUUAACUAUCCACAUAUUAUUGUGCCACCUUUGCCGGAGAAAAGGGCAGAGUUUGUUUGGCAUAAGUUGUCGGCAGAUAACAUGGAUCCAGAUUUUGUAGAAAGACGAAGAAUUGGCUUAGAAAACUUUCUCUUGCGUGUGGCUUCACAUCCCAUUCUUUGCCAGGAGAAGAUUUUUAAUGCAUUUUUAACCCAGGAAGGUGGAUGGAAGGAGAUGGUGAAUGAAACAGGGUUUCAACUGAAGGCAGAUUCUAGGUUAAAAGCCCUCAAUGCAACAUUCAGGGUAAAAAACCCAGACAAGAGAUUUACAGAGCUUAAACACUACAGUGAUGAGUUGCAGUCUGUUAUAUCACACCUUCUGAGAGUCAGAGCUAGAGUGGCAGAUAGACUAUAUGGCGUUUAUAAAGUCCAUGGGAAUUAUGGAAGAGUUUUCAGUGAAUGGAGCGCAAUAGAGAAAGAGAUGGGGGAUGGGCUGCAAAGUGCUGGUCAUCACAUGGAUGUGUAUGCAGCUUCUAUUGAUGACAUACUAGAGGAGGAGGAACAUUACGCAGACCAGCUCAAAGAAUAUCUCUUCUAUGCAGAAGCCCUUCGGGCAGUUUGCAGGAAACAUGAACUUUUGCAGUAUGAGUUGGAAAUGGCUGCUCAAGAUUUGACAUCAAAGAAGCAGCAGUGUGAGGAACUGGCAACAGGAACUGUGAGAACAUUCUCCUUGAAGGGAAUGACUAACAAGCUGUUCGGCCAGGAAACACCUGAACAGAGAGAAGCAAAAAUAAAGGCGCUAGAAGAACAAAUACAUGAAGGAGAAGAGCAGCUCAAAGCAAAGAACUUAGAGAGCCGAGACUUUGUGAAAAGUGCCUGGGCAGAUAUUGAACGUUUCAAAGAGCAAAAGAACCAUGACUUAAAAGAGGCUCUCAUUAGCUAUGCUGUGAUGCAGAUCAGUAUGUGCAAAAAGGGAAUUCAAGUUUGGACGAAUGCAAAAGAAUGUUUCAGCAAGAUGUGACACAUGGAGCUCAGUCCUUCUUGGCAAAAUGUCACAGAACAGAAGCACAAAUGCAUGAACAUGGAUACAAAAUUGCUGCAUUACUAAAUCAUGGACUCAGUGUAGUCAUGAAAGUAGGGCACAAGAAUUGGUCUCUGCUCCUCGAUGGCCACCUUGUGGCUUGUUUUGCAUGUAGUAGCAAAUUGAACAUUGUAGUUUGCGCUUGAAGUAAGGGUAUAGGGAAGAUCCAAGUUGGCUGCAGUCAUUACAUAAACUAAACUGUUCACCAUACCAGGCUCUUGAACCACAGUUUUUUGCACUAUGUAAAUCAUUCCCAGGUACCUCUUCUUACAUUGUUUCACAUUUUAAUGCUAUAACAUAAAAUAACGUGGACU